AUGGCCGAUACGCCGCCACCCCGGCAGAUGUCGCUGAUCCCUUAUCCUUACCAGAAUGGUGAGGUUGUUCUCCGCCGAGGCAACGACGUCGUGGUCUACGAUGCGCAGUCCCGCUCGCUCUCCGUCCGCAACACAUCUGAGGAUGCCGUCGAACUCAACGAAUGCCCCUACUGCCAUCGCCCAUUCCGAGACGAUGUCGACCGCGAGACUGCUGACCGCCGUGGCCGGCCUGGUUCAGGCUAUGGCGAGCGGCCCAUCAUCAACCCGGACUACUUCGACAUGCUGGCCGCCAGUCGCCGUCCUUCCCCUGUCGGCUCGGCUGGGACGACGACCCCCGUGAACCGCUUCUACCAGCCCGCUCUCCGUUCUGGCCGCUCCAGAGAUGUCAGCGGCGCUCACGAUCCACCUACAGGGGCUGAGUUUGUGGGCAGCGAACCAUCUGCUUCAGCUAGAGAGGGCAUCAGUAGCUCCGCAUUCAGCCCGGGCUACUUCAGACAGUUCUUCCGCGAGAUCCAAGAGCUCGGCCGCGGCGGGAACGGCGUGGUACUUCUGGUGGAGCACGUCAUGGAUCGCGUCUCGCUGGGCCAGUUCGCCUGCAAACGUGUGCCUGUCGGCAACGACCACGACUGGCUGGAGAAAGUGCUCGUUGAAGUGAAGCUCCUGCAAAAGAUACCGCACAAGAAUCUGGUGGCCUACCACUGGGUUUGGCUGGAGGAUCACCAACCUUCGACAUUCGGGCCCAGUAUUCCUUGUCUGUGGAUGCUGCAGGACUUUUGCAAUGGUGGCGACCUGCACUCGUACGUACUGGGGCCGAAGAGUUCGGAUGAUUACAACGACAAGGAGAAGCUCAAGGAACGAGUCAGACGCCACUCCAAAGGCGAUCUGGAGCCUCCAGUCUCACAACUGCGCGGCCCUAGCAAGCUCACCUUCGACGAUAUAUUCUCCUUCUUCCGGGACAUCACAUCCGGCCUUCACCACCUGCAUAGUAGAGGCUACAUCCACCGCGAUCUCAAGCCCUCGAACUGUCUGAUUCAGCGCGAUGGCGCUCGCCUCUUCGUUCUCAUCUCAGACUUCGGUGAAGUCCAAGCCGCAGGGGCCAAACGAGGCUCCACUGGCGCCACUGGCACAAUCUCAUACUGUGCACCUGAAGUUCUGCAACAAAACCCUGCAGACGGCAGCUUCGGCGACUUCACCACGAAAUCCGACAUCUUCUCACUAGGAAUGAUAGUCUACUUCAUGUGCUUCGGCCGCCUCCCCUACACCAACGCCGACGACAUCAACGAAGAAAACGAAGACAUGGACGAGCUACGAGCCGAAAUCACCAAAUGGCCCGGCUUCGACGACGAGCUGCGCUCCCGUCCAGAUCUACCAGAGAAGCUCUAUCGCUACCUCAAACGCCUCCUCAGCGUCGACCCCAACGAACGCCCAAGCACCGAGGACAUCCUCGUCAGCAUCAAAGGCGGCGUUGGCCUAGGCGAGACGGGUCCGACUAUGUUCGAAGACACAAGCUCCCGCGUCUCAUCGAUCGAUUCACCGCGUCACAGGCCCUCGCCUCAAGGUCGCAAGGGGUAUGUCAGCCGACCAGGCCUCUCAUCGUUGUCUCGACAUCUGUCUGAAAACGACAUCCGGCCUACUUCGCCCAUCCGGCCUGGGAGCGGAGGUUUGCGACGGGGUAGCCCUACCGCUACAACUCCGGGGUCGAUGGAGAGUAGUACCGUCAUUAGACGGCCACCACGGCACGUCGACCUCCCACCGCCCACGCCCAAAGACGCCCGGUCUCCGCAGCAGAGUCCGCGGCUCAUGCUGCCUCCUCCACCGUCAACCGCAGACUCCUUGGCCGCGAGGCUGUUCCAUCUCACCCAUCACCCGCUCACGCAUGUCGCUUUCCGCACCGCCCUCUUCGUCGCUAAAGUCUUGUCGUUGACGUUGCCUUGCUCGCCAUUCGUCACGAAUGCGUGGUUGUUGUAUCCGCUCCUCGCAGUUGCGGCGCUGGAUCUUGGUUUGCUGCGGUUCGAGAUACGGCGGUCGGUCUUGUUACUAGCCGCGCAUGUUACGACGGUCAUACUGGCGGCGCAGCAGGGCCGAUUAUGCGAGUUUAGGAAAGGAGAUGGGUGGAUGUGGGAGGACGUCAUCCACGGCGACGGAUAG